CUUGGCUGCAGGAUUAUUACCUGGUACUCAAAACACGGGCUUAAUUGUUGGACUCACUCUCAUCGUCUUCGAACGAAAAUGGACAAGCGAACAAAAUUCGAAGAAACAAAAAUAUGAAACGCCAGAAAAGAGCAUCUUCUUACGAGUAGAUCUCACAAGAUCUCGAGGUCUCCGCAAUUUCUUGCAUAUCCCUCCCUCCGUUAUCUGAAGAUCAUCUCAAGCUGCCCUCUCGCGCCCCUCUUCCCUGUCAAAAACGUGCCAUAACGCCCCCGCGGCCUGUGGCUGCUACAUCCGGGGUACACAAGGGGAUCCAUGUCAUCACCAUCAUCAAAUCGAUGCAUCAACGUCCAAUGGCGACCCUUAUUGUUUAUCCUCGCGGCAAUCCUAUUCUCCUAUACCAUCUUCACAACCCUGACUCGCGUUGACUACGACUUCAAAAGUCCCCUAUCCGCCUCGGCAGGAUCAUGCCGACCGGGAUAUGGUACUACCGGGUUGCACCACGAGCUGGUCAAGCCUCCAGGUCUAAAAGUGAUUGCAAUGGUCUUUUAUGGACGGAGAGAUCGGACUCAGAUACUGCAUUGCUUUUUGAUGCGUAACCUUGUCGACCAAGGAGGUUGGCUGGAUGAAGUACACUGGAUCCGGAACACUGAUGACCAACAAGACCUCGAGUACCUGGAUCGACUUCUAACAUAUAGCGACCGGUACAAGCAAUUGUUCCAGGAAAGAACAAAAGAUGAGGGAUAUAGCGAUGCAUGGUCCAAGCUGGAACCAGGCAACAUCUAUGUCAAGAUUGAUGAUGAUGUGGUAUGGAUGGCGGACGAUGCAAUACCGAGAAUAGUCACCACAAAAAUCCAGCACCCAGAGUAUCUCCUUGUUUCUGCGAACAUGGUCAAUUCACCUCUCAUGGGAUGGCUUCACUACCGCGCAGGCGCUGUCCAUCCCUACUUACCAGAAAUGUCACCGGAAGACACACCGGCAACCAUACAUGCGCAGACGCAGUCCUAUGAAGCCGACGUCCAUCGUGUGUCAUGGAAACACAUAGACCAUCCUCUCUGGCAAGGUCCAGAUGAGUUUGUUUUUCUUCAUGACGAGAAAGCUCCUAGAGAAGGACACAGAUGGUUGAGACUACCUGAGACACCGGCCUCCACAGCACAACUUCGUCGCACCCCUGUCGUCGAUAUCACCUAUGACACCUGGGGAACCGGGCUUCAGUCGUGGGCCAUUGCAGCCCAACACCAUUAUUCUUUCCUCGAGAAUCUGUACAACGCUGACCUGCAACUGUACAAGUUCGCUGCUGAUGCAAAACCCUGGAUAACGGACUACGACAGAUUGAGCAUCAACUUCAUUGCCAUCAACUCGACCGAGAUCUUGAGCCACUUGCCGAUCCCAUCCGAUGUGGUUGAUGAGGAGUGGCUAACUGUGACGCUUCCCAGAUCUAUCGGCAAGAGUGUGGCUGUCGAUACACAAGCUCUGGGCGCGCAUCUCAGUUUCUUCUUUCAAGGAGAAGUCACUUCGACGGACUUGCUCGGGAGGUAUCUUGACUAUGCGGAAGAAAACGUAUGUCGGGAGGUCUAGGAAAGCAUGCGCGCGUUUCAUGUAAACUACAAUAGAUUCAAACCUGGGGCACGCCCAGAGGGACUGUUAAAGCGCGCAGUUCUAUUACUUAGUACCUGUGAAAUGGACCAAUCAAUAUGAAGCUGUGCCGAUUUGGAGAUUUUUUCAUUACUCAAUUUUCUGGCUUGGAAGCCCACCAGAGACGCAAUUGAGGAUCCCCUCCAUUUGCGUUCAAAGAGAACUCCAGAGUCAAACUGCAAACACCUCACUCUUGCCUUUGUGACUCAAACCAAACUCACUUGCCUUUUGUUAUUUAAUUCACCAUGGCAGGCACCUGAACUUCACCUUCCACCGAAAUCAAUUCCCUUUCGGUCAUGACAACUUCCUCUCCGAUAUCGCACCCUUGAAUUUAUUUUGAUCAUCAUUUCCUCACAACAUGCCUGUGACACUAGUACUGGGCUCCCAAUGGGGCGACGAGGGCAAAGGCAAGCUCGUCGACAUCCUCGC